GUGGGUGCGGUUUGCCAUCGCUCCUGUUGCUGUUGCGAGUUGUCGCGAUCGCGAGGCUGCGAUCGUUUACUAUUGCGCGUUGUUUUUUUUUACCCUAUCGAACUGAUCGCGACGUGCCCGGAGCAGCGAGUAGUGAUCGCAUUUUAUUGUAACAUACAAAACGAAACCAAUCCCCCUUGUGAGUGCGCAAUCCCUAGAGUCUGUGGCUGUGUAGCUGGCUGCUGUGUACCCCGGACGCCCGCUUAAAGCAACAACAACAGCGUGUAGUGCGCAGUGUAACAAAUUGUGAUAAAAAUGAAUUACAAAUGGUGUUGGUUACUGUAAAAAAACAGAAGGAAAAUAUGGGCACCCCCCGUCCAAUUCAUCACCCAUUCGUGUGCGCUCUCUAGAUAAAGACGCAGUCGCCGUCGGCUCUCUGUUUCCCUAGAAACCCCCUUCCAAGCAACCAUUUCGCAGCAUCACCAGCAGGCGUGUGUUUGUGCCAAUGAGUCACUGAAACGACGGUGACGACACGAUCUCAAGAUCGUGCAGAAACACGCACGCAACGACGAUCAUCAUCAUCAUCAUCAUCUAUGCCUUCACAAUCCAUGGGCUGGUGCUGUUAUCGUCCGGUGCACCUGCAGCGAACCCGAAAAUGUGACAUUUACAGCGUCUCGCAAUCAGCAACGGGGUGCCAUCGUGCGACAUAGAGAUUAGUGAAGGGCGCUAGUGCCAGCCCGAGCAUAUGCCCGAUCGUGUGCCUGCGUAUGUGUGUGAUCGCGAGUGUGAACGAAACCGUGAGAGGGAGAAGAAGAUUACACAGAUAGGACUGCAGUAUGAAGGCGCUGGGCGGCGGUGGGAGCAGGCGGCAGCGGGCAGGAGGGUGGUGCUAUAGGUUCACGAUCGUACUGCUGCUGCUGCUGCUCCUGCACACUCUUGAUUCCGUCCGAUCAAGUGCCAGUGCCGCCAGCACGCCCGCCAGUAGAUCGAUCUGUAAUGAGGAUGCAUUCUGCACCUGUCGGAGCAGCAGCAACAGUGGCGGUACCACCAGCAGUGUGUUCGUGACGAUCGAUUGCGUGCUGGAUGGUGACCAUGAUGGGACAACACGCACCAACGCUGUAAUCGGUGUCGCACCGAGUACGAUCACUACGGUCGCAUCGGAUCAGCACCAGCAGCAACGGCGACGGUUCGUGCUCGACGGUCAACUGCAUCUCCCACCGAAUGCUUCGGCCCUCAACAUACGGCUCAUUGCCGGUGCCCAGCUCUCGAUCACUCGCGAGUUUUUCCGCCACGAUAUCAUUAACCGGCUGUGGAUCGAUGGUGAUGAUGCCAGCGGACAUGGAACGUCACGGUGGUCUACCGUUGAAUUUCACGAGAAUGCCCUUUGCAACAACGAUGGCAGCUACCCGGAGGUGCUGGUAACGAACCUUGGCCAGCUCGUAUUGAAUCGGAACGUUUCGUGCGGCGAGUACCGGCUCAAUAUUACGCACGUGAGAGACGUUCAUUUGAGGAAACAAUUCCUGGGCAAAGUCGAGGCCGAGGUUUGGAUACAGCACGUGGCCAAGCUACAAAUUGCCGACGAAGCAUUCUACGGUUCGCACAACUCGAAGGUACAAAUCCAUGAUGCCAACAUUGAAAGUCUGCAACGGCUCGGUGCCUCCCUUCGGCUGUUGCACUUUGAGCGCUGCAACAUUAGUGAUAUCCUGUCGAAUGCCAUGGGCGCGAACGAGGUGGGCCAUAUCGAGUUCAUCGGAUGCCGGAUCAACCGGAUGUACCAGCAAGCCAUCCCCGGACAGUUGCUGUGUCGUUCGCUUACCUUCCGUGAUUGCAGUAUCAGCAAAAUCGACAAGCAGUUCAUCGAUGGAAGCGGACUAGAGGAGUUCAAUCUCGAGCGCAACUCGAUCGACAAUAUCGCCCCGGGUGCGCUAACGUUCACGAGUGUCCGUACGAGCAUCAGAAACAAUUUCAUCGUCCGGACGGGCAAAGAUUGGUUGAACCAGACCGAGUGGACGAACGUCACGAUAACCGGUAACUCGUUCGGAGAGUUCGAUGGCUUCUCGCUGAGUAACAAACCCGUACCGGGCGCCGCUAGCCAGCACUGCGUGUUCGGCAAUAACACGCUCACGAAGGCGCACACCCGCAGCUUCAGCUUUGGCGCCCACUGCCAGAUGGAGGCGCUGCACUUUGCUCGCAUCUGUGACUGUGCGUACGAUAGUUGGCUCGCUGAGCUGUUCGGUUUACCGACAACGGCAACCGUUUCCGACGCAAUGACCUCCGUUGCUUCGUGCCAGGUGGAGGAGAGCCUUCGUUACUGCUUCAAUCAAAGCGGAGACGGGCACAGUGGCACCGAGCAGCGCGUCAAUGUACAGUACUUUCUCAACGAGUUCUGCCGGCAGGAGGGCUCGGAAAAGUGUUCCUCGUAUGCUGCGGCCGGUUCCGGCCAAGAAGCGCAUCAGAAACAUCACAAACCACCACCCAUGGUUCCACUGGAUGCCAUCGAUUCGCUGGAUAGCGCGGAACAAAACAGUUGGCUGCCGGGGAACAGCAUCUGGUUUCUGGUCGGUGGUGGUGCCAUUUUACUGUUCCUGCUUUGCACGGCACUCGCUGCGCUUAGCCGAAAACGUUGCGGGCAACGUGAAACCGGGGGCACACCGGAAUCCAUGACAACGCGAUCGAACCACCAUUACCUGGUGAGCCAACAGCGAGAGCCAAUCACGCACAAUGGAUCCUCGUUUACCUCACUGCAGCGCCGUGUCAUUGUGACGUCACUCGACUGGGUACGGGAAUCGUGCGGGCACAAAGUUUGGUGCGAAAUCGAUGCUCCGAUGCAGCAGCUGCUCAAUCCACCGAACGGGGUGCCACACGAUGAGCAGGAGAAAGUCCGGCUAAUCGGGCUGAUUAUUCAAAGCUUAAACGAUCAUCACAUCACCGGCGAUCAAAUGGUCGCCCUGACGGACAUACUGUACCGUCAUUUAGGUCCACCCGCAGCAGGUACGGCGCCCCCAACGGUGGCACCGAUCGAACCGUCCGAUCACAUCUACGAUGAGCUACAACUCAACCGUGCCACAACAACAGCAGCACCACGAAAUGUACGCAUGACAGAGAUUGGAUUGUUAGGAGAUUAUGCGGCACCACUCGAUCAUGGUGGACUGCUCGGUGGACCACCGGUGGAAGGUAUCUACUCCGAGCCAAUUCAACGGGACGAACAACAGCUACUACAGCACACUAUUCGAACCAGAAACUUGAUCAGUCCAUACGCGAUCGCUGAUGCGACGGCACAACUGAAUCCCCUCGGGGACGGGGGCAAUCUGCCCGAUAUUGUACAGAGGCGACCUGGGUGUGCAACAGCAGGGGGAAGCACCACUGGCACGUGGAACCCAGGCCGGAACCGUAACGCCGAAGACGGUGACGAUGAUAGGGAUGAUGAUGAUGAUGAUGACGACGACGAUGACGAAGAUUUUAGACUCGGUGACGGGGGUGAUGAGGAGGAACGUAAAACGAUGCUUCGACCGCCAUACCUGGAUGCCGUAGACGGUGGUAGCAGCGGUGGACCGACCUAUGCACUGCCGAUGAAGAAAGUGAAAAGGCGCACACAGGGCGCCACGGAACGACCGAUCGACGAGGAUGGAGCGAGCGGUGGAGGAGAUGGCAAUCGGUCGGAACAUUCCGGCAGCAGUAUGCAAACGGUGCGCAUCGAGGACAUUACCGCUAUGCCGGAUGGUGGCGACAGUGGCAGAAGUGAACAAAUGUAUGGUGGCAAUAAAUAAUGUGUAUAGAAACGAGUGAUCGAUAACGAAAAA